CUCUCUAAACACCGGAAGUUCCGCUGAUUCUGGCUCCAGCCGCAGGAUUUGUUAGCUGAUCCAGGAGAUGUGCGCUGUAUUGAAUGUGUGAUCCUUAAUGUGUUCCAUCGCCCUGCGAACAUGACCUGAAUCGGUUCAUGAGCGAGCUGGUCGAAUAAGCUCUCGGCGGUGGGAUGCGCAGCUGGAGCUGGUUCCUCUCCAGAGUCAUGCGUCUCUUCCUGCGCUGGUUCAGGCUCUGUCCUCGACGAGGACGCAGGAAGAGGCCGAGCCGGAUACGAGACCUGUGGAACUAUGGGACGCUGCUGCUGAAGUCCCUGCACUACAACGUCCUGACCAACUCGGACACGGCGCUGGACUGUGUCUUUGAGCCCAUCUACUGGCUGGUGGACAACAUGACCCGCUGGUUCGGAGUGGUGUUUGUGUCUCUGGUCAUCCUCUUGACCAGCUCUGUGGUCAUCAUCGUGUAUCUGUGUGUGCUGCCCAUCAUCUUCAGCACGUACCCCGUUCACUGGAUCCUCUGGCACCUCUGUUACGGACACUGGAACCUGCUCAUGCUGGUCUAUCAUUACUAUAAAGCCACGACCACAUGUCCAGGGUCCCCACCGCAGGAAAAGAGUGAAAUCCCAACUGUUACUAUCUGUAAGAAGUGCAUUGUUCCCAAACCAGCUAGAACCCAUCACUGCAGCAUCUGCAACCGAUGUAUUUUGAAAAUGGACCACCACUGUCCCUGGUUAAAUAACUGCGUGGGUCAUUUCAACCACCGUUAUUUCUUCAGUUUCUGUCUGUUCAUGACCAUGGCCUGCAUCUACUGCAGCAUCAGUGCCAAAGAUAUGUUCCUGGACGCUUACAAUGCCAUCGAGUCAGGCAGGUAUUGGGACGGUCACGCUCAGGGGGAGGCGGUCCCGGGGGCGGGGCUUAUCUAUAUCUCAUUCUCACCGCAGAGCUCCUAUCAAACACCUCCACCUGCCUUCACCCAUCAGGAGAGGAUGGUUCAUAAGAGCCUGGUUUAUCUGUGGGUGCUGACGAGUUCAGUGGCUGUAGCGUUAGGAGGCCUGACACUGUGGCAUGCCAUGCUGAUCACCAGAGGAGAGACCAGCGUGGAGAGACACAUCAACCGCAAAGAGAGGAAACGACUGCGACUGAAGGGCAAGGUUUUUCGUAAUCCGUACCACCAUGGAAAAAUUAACAACUGGAAAAUAUUUCUUGGUGUUGAAAAGCAGAGUGACUGGCUGACGAGAGUCCUGCUGCCCUCCGGUCAUCUUCCUCACGGGGACGGCCUGACGUGGGACGGUCCUUCACACAGGAACAACACCAUGGCCAUAUGACCUCACAGACAUGUUCAUAAAUUCAUAUCAUGAACUCUAAUGACUGAAGGGGUCUCUGCAUCACUCCUGUCCUUUAC